AUGAGUUUCUUAAAAUUCAAGACUAAUGACGAUGUUGAGUUCAAAGUUGAAGUUAAAGCAGCCAAGUUCUCAGUGAUGAUAAAAACUAUGCUAGAAUCUCUUCAAGACGACGAGAAUGAUGUGGUUAUUCCACUGAUAAAAAUUAACUCUGUUACUUUUAAAAAAGUACUCGAAUGGAUCGAGCAUCACAAAGACGAAGACCCACCGUUGAUAGAAGAAAAAAAGUUCGAGAGGAAGAGGAGCGACGACAUCAGUGAGUGGGAUAGUAAGUUCAUCGAUGUUGAUAAUUCCACACUCUACGACAUUGUCAGUGCUGCUGAUUACCUUCACAUUAUAGGACUCUCAGAGUUAGUCUGUAAGAAAAUAGCAAAUAACAUAAAGGAACAGUCAAUACCUAAUUAUAAACAAAGGUUUGAUCUAGAUAAUCAAGCAAGUUCUUCUUAUAGUCCGACAGAACCUUCAUAUUCAGAGCCUUCUCAUAGCCGAAGAGAUUACUAUGCUCCAUCAAGUCCCACUUAUACUCCAUCAAGUUCGUCGUACUCUCCAAUGAAUCUUCCUUCUCAUAGCCGAACAAAUUCUUAUUCUCCAUCGAGUCCCUCUUAUUCUCCAAUGAGUCCACCAACAGAACCUUCUCAUAGCCGAACAAGUUACUAUCCAUCAAGUCCAUCAAGUCCAUCGUAUUCUCCAAUGAGUCCUCCUUCUCAUAGCCGAACAAAUUCUUAUUCACCAAUGAGUCCUGAUCAAUCAACAGAACCUUCUCAUAGCCGAACAAAUUCUUAUUCACCAAUGAGUCCUGAUCAAUCAGCAGAACCUUCUCAUAGCCGAACAAAUUCUUAUUCACCAAUGAGUCCUGAUCAAUCAGCAGAACCUUCUCAUACCCGAACGACUUCUUAUUCAUCAAUGAAUCCUUCUCAUAGCCGAACAAAUUCUUAUUCUCCAUCGAGUCCCUCUUAUUCUCCAAUGAGUCCGCCAAGAGAACCUUCUCAUAGCCGAACAAGUUACUACAUUCCAUCAAGUCCCUCUUAUUCUCCAUCAAGCCCAUCGUAUUCUCCAAUGAGUCCUCCUUCUUAUAACCGAACAAAUUCUUAUUCACCAAUGAGUCCUGAUCAAUCAACAGGACCUUCUCAUAGCCGAAUAAAUUCUUAUUCACCAUCGAGUCCGUCGUAUUCUCCAAUGAGUCCGCCUUCUCAUAGCUUAACAAAUUCUUAUUCACCAAUGAGUCCUGAUCAACCAACAAAACCUUCUCAUAGCCAAAAAAAUUCUUACUCUCCAUCGAGUCCCUCUUAUUCUCCAAUGAGUCCGCCAAGAGAACCUUCUCAUAGCCGAACAAGUUACUACACUCCAUCAAGUCCAUCGUAUUCUCCAAUGAGUCCUCCUUCUCAUAACCGAACAAAUUCUUAUUCUCCAUCGAGUCCGUCGUAUUCUCCAAUGAGUCCACCUUCUUAUAGCCAAACAAAUUCUUACUCCCCAACGAGUCCUACAAACUGCCAAUGA